GGAGGUGGCGCGGCGGGGCCGGUGGCCCGGGGUCGGGGCGGCAUGCCGGGGGCGGCAGGGCGGUAGCGGCGGCGCCGAGUCUGUGCCGGGGCGGCGGGAGCGGCGAUGCGGCUGCUCGGCGCCUUCCUGCGGCUGCUGGUGGCCGGGACGCUGGGGGCACCUCCUGCCCCGGCCCCGGAGGAGCGGGGGACCACCAGCACGGAGUCGCCCGUCCUGACCUUUCGGGAGAUCUGGAAUCGUAGUUUCUGCCGGCCUUUGGAGCAGCUGGUGGACGUCAUUACCGAAUUCCCCAACGAGGUGGAGUACAUUUUCAGGCCCUCCUGCGUGUCCCUGCAGCGCUGUGGAGGCUGCUGUGGGGACGAGGGUCUCCGCUGCGUCCCCGUGGAGACGAGCACGGUCACCAUGCAGCUCCUGAAGAUAAAGCCAAACGGGGAGGCACCCUAUGUGGAGAUGGCGUUCACCGAGCACAAGCAGUGCGAGUGCAGGCCCCGGCAGGACCUGAUGAGGUUGGGAAGGAGGAAGUCCAAGGGCCGAGGUAAGAGAAGACAAGACAAGAAGGGACGGAAAAACUGUGAAGCAUGUGGCACACCACGCAGGUAGCCUCUGCCCUGCCCCCAGCCUCACUCCUGCCACCUGGGUUUGAGCCAGCUGCCUUUGCCCCCAGCAUGGGGGAAUUGUGGAGUCACACUCUCCAAGCUGCAUGGGGAGCAGGACUCCAGCACGGAAGAGCUGAUUGUACUCUUGGUUGGCCCUGCUGAGAACACAGCCUGGAACCAAGGACUCCCUUGCCCCAUCUGCCCCAUUGGCAGCAAGAGAAAAGGACUUGUGACCAAGCCUGGGGCUGAAGAUGAGAAGCUCUAGCAGUGUGUUGGUGUUUGAGGACAUUCUAGGGGCAAUGAGGAGCCAAGCUGAUGGAUGUGCUGCUGGAACUGGCUGGGGAGGACAACAUGAUGUGGGAGUGAGUGGAGAUGGCUCACAGGGCUGCAACUGCAAAACUUCUGUCCUGCCAAUGCUCUGCAGCUGGGGAGGAAGGAAAUCUGGGGCAGGCAAGGCUGUAGUGCUGUAUCCGUCCCAGCUUUGGCAUGGGGCAGCCCAGGCAGGUGCCAGGGAUCUUGCCUGGGAAGCUGUUUUGAUUGGGAACAGAAGGGAGCUGGAUCCUCAAGUAUUCACAGCCACAUCCCAGCUUUGCCCUUCUCAAUAAAAGCUGGUCAGACAUAGGAGCUGGCAGCUCCUGCCUGCUUUCCUGCAGGCAGGGAGCUUCCCCAUGGACAUCCACUCAGGCUGGAGGAGGGCAGUGACCCAGGAUUUGUCCCCAUCACCAAUCCUGCAGCACCAUUGCCCUUGGUGUGAUGCUGGAGAUGGGCAAUGAGCAGGUUGCUCCCUGGGCUGGGGGCUAUCCAUGUGCUGGAGUUCAGCUGGGUACUGAGCUGCCCUUCCCUUCCACACCACAGUGUGGGACUGGUCCCUCUCCCUGUUCACCAUGCCCAUCCUGGUCUCACCCCACUCCAAAUGUCUGGCUCCGUGUCCUGUCCUCCCUGGCAGGGCUGAUGCAAAAUUUAGGACACUGGGGGACAGGCUGCCCACUCAGGAAAUACCCCACCAAGGGUCAUUUACCUGACACAGGGACAGGCUGGCCUGGGGCCCCCUUUCCUUACUGGGAAUGAGGAGCUGGUGGCCCUCAGCAAGGUGGCUGUGGGGACUGUUUGCUGCUUUCCCCACUCAGCCAGCUCUCUGCCCAGGUCCAGGGGGAGGCCACAGCCCCUGUUUUUCUAUGCUUUAAGCAGUUCUCCUGAGGCUCUUCCUGUCCCCAUUCCCACCCCUACUGCAGGGGGUCUGGGGCUGUCUGCCUAAGGCAUCCCAUGCUGAUCUGUACAAUCCAUAUCCUGGAGCAGUGCAUACAGCUGGAAACCCUAGGGGUGAGCUGGGCACCCACAUAUUUGUGGGGCACUCCUGGACUGGGUUAAAACAAAACCAAGGGUCAUUCUUGAAAGCUUCAAACAAAAGCCUGGAGGGCAAGAUCAGCAAAGGCUUUGAGGUUACCCUUAAAUGAUGGGAUCUGUGGUUUAUCCUGCUCUGAGGAACAAGGGUGGAGCCUAACAUAGCAAGAAUUGGGGUCCAAGGUGGCUCCUUCCCACAUCUGACAGGGCUGCCUGUAAUGGGAGUUACAUUAUGACUCUCUAAGCCAUAAUGCUUGUGUUGCCUGAGGCUGGCACAAGGACAUGGGGACAGGGCAGAUCUCUGUCAGGGAAAGCUGGAGGUGGGUGUUGAGGUGAUGUGAAACUCCAUUCUGCCACCGUGUAGCAGGGAAUAUGGACUGUGUGAGCUGUAACUGUGCAGCUGGGCAUAUCCUGCAGGAGCUUGCUGGAUCCCUUUGGGAUCCCAUUCCAAGCAUCCACAGUAUCCUGGAGCACAACCUACAUGGGCUUUGCCUCAAAAGUAGCCCAUGAAGUUCCUCCUUCACUACCUCAUGGAUGAGGGGAACUCGCUGCUCCCCUUCCCACAUCACUCAGAGUCUGUGUGGACCUUGUGGUGGCCUGGUCCACACAGGCUUUCCCUAUCACUGUGUCAUUUCUGCCUGGCUGGUUUUGCGCUGAGGCCAAGGAGAACCAUGUGCAGCACUUGAGAAUGUAUGUGAUGGUUUCUGUAUUGUUUUUAGUACCCCAGUAGUAUUAAACAUUUAAAAAAGGAA